GUUCCCUUCAAAACGCAAAUAAAAACCACAACUUACACACACACACACACACUUAUCUCUAUCUCUCUCUCUUUUUCUCUUACACUUGCAUAUAUUUUUUUCCUCAGUAUAAUCUCCCUUUAACGCUAAAGCUUUGAUUUGAGUUAUAAACGAAAAUAAAAGUUGGAAAUUAUUAUGGAAUUCAUUCAAGAAAGCAGCUAUUGUGGCGGUGACCAUUUUAUUGUGGAGGACUUGCUCGAUUUUUCCAACGACGAUGCCGUUUUUACCGACGGCACGUUCGACUCUUCCCUAGCCCUCGCCCAUUCGACUGAUUCCUCCACCUUCACGCCCGUCGACAGCUGCACUUCUUCCUUGUUUUCCGUUUGCGAACCCAAUAUAGGGACUGAUAUCGGUUGCCGAGGUCUCAACCACGAUCAGUUUGCCGGUGACCUACCUCCGCCGUACGACGAUUUAGCUGAGCUCGAAUGGCUGUCGAAUUUCGUUGAGGAAUCGUUUUCCUGUGAGCACCUGCAAAAGCUCCAUCUGAUAUCCGGGUUGAAAACUCGACCGGACAAAUCGUCGGAAACUCGAGAAACCCAAGCCGUUGACGGUGACAGUGACCACAGUAACAGUAACGGCAACCCGAUUUUUGACCCGGACAUGGCAGUACCGGCCAAGGCGAGGAGAAAAAGGUCCCGGGCUGCCCCGUGUAAUUGGGCCUUCCGCCUCCUUGCUCUCAGCCUGACAAGUUCAUCUUCUGAACCAGGAACGGAUGUUGCUGUCCCGGUUCAACCGCCACUAACGAACCAAACCGGAAAGAAGCCGGCCAAAAAGACCUCGUCGAAGAAAAAAGACGGUGGUGAAGUGGCGACUAACCCAGAUGGACGGAAAUGCUUGCAUUGCGCUACGGAUAAGACGCCGCAGUGGCGGACCGGCCCGAUGGGUCCGAAAACUUUGUGCAAUGCUUGCGGAGUGAGGUAUAAAUCGGGUCGGCUUGUGCCCGAAUACCGACCCGCCGCGAGCCCGACAUUUGUGCUGACGAAGCACUCAAAUUCUCACCGGAAAGUGCUGGAGCUUCGGCGGCAGAAAGAAAUGGUGAGGGCCCAACAGCAACACCGUCAUCAUCAGAACAUGGUUUAUGAUGCAUCCAAUGGUGAUGAUUACUUGAUCCACCAAUAUGUAAGCCCUGAUUUUAGGCAGCUGAUCUAAGUGGGUGGUGCUAGAGUAGGUUCAAUUAACGUUCAGGUUCUUUAAAAAAUUUCCCCAGGAGUUAGGUUCUUUGAAAAUUCUAGUUUAGUUUUUUUUUUUUUUCCUUAGGUGUAAUUCUUCCAAACUGUUGUUAUUUUAGGGAAAUUUUUGUA